CGCUUUUUCUCUACGUCGCGUAGAGAAGGAUUUUGCUGCUCUUUAUUUGAAGAUAAAUUUAAUGCAAAUUAUAAUUUAUUUUUAAAUAAAAAUCAGUGCAAAUCACUAGCAAGCAGCGUUUUCAAAAUAAAAAUUCAUCUAUAAAUAAAAAAUAAAGAAUAAUGGAUAAUAUGAUUGGUCAAGAGCACCAACCGAUGCUACAUACUGGAUUUGCACCUCGACGACAAUAUGAUGAGAUUGGGUCAUCGGUGCUCACCGGCAUUGAGAACAUAACAAACGGUCAUAUGCCAAAAGUUGACAAUACAUCGAGACCCAUUAAAACAAAAAAGGAUAAGAUUUCCGACCUUACAGCUGCAACUAGCAAAUUGGCAAUUGAGGAAUCACUAAAAUUGACUGACAGCAAUGGUCUGGCUAUGAAAACUCCCGUUUCGAUUCUGCAAGAACUUUUGAGUCGCCGGGGAAUAACUCCAAAUUAUGAGUUGGUGCAAAUUGAGGGAGCUAUUCAUGAGCCUACAUUUCGUUAUCGUGUUGCUUUCAAUGAUAAAGAAGUUACUUUUACAGCAAUGGGCGCGGGACGCUCCAAAAAAGAGGCUAAACAUUCAUCUGCUCGUGCAUUAAUCGAUAAAUUGAUAGGUGUACCAUUAUCCGAUUCAACGCAGGCAAAUACCAUUGGUUGUAUUAAUACAUCGCCCGGUGGUACAACAUCUGCAAAUGCCUCAACUGAAGCCAAUACAAGUGUUGGAAGCGGCGAUGGUGCCGAUAAAAUAGUUGGAAACCCAAUAGGUUGGUUACAGGAGAUGUGCAUGUCUCGUCGUUGGCCACCACCAACUUAUGAGACCGAAACAGAGGUUGGAUUGCCGCAUGAGCGGCUAUUUACCAUUGCCUGUUCAAUUCUCAGUUAUCGUGAGGUUGGAAAGGGGAAAAGUAAGAAAAUCGCUAAACGUUUAGCUGCACAUAAGAUGUGGACGCGUUUGCAAGAAAAUCCCUUGGAUAACAAUCAAAUAUCUGAGGCAAUGCGUGCUGAUCUCGAGGGUGAUAAUCGUAACUGUUCAAAUUAUUAUGGUGAUUUGAAAGAUAUCAGUGUGCCCACAUUAACCAGCCAGCAUAGUAAUAAGGUCUCACAGUUCCAUAAAACACUCAAAAAUGCUAACGGAAAGAAAUUACUCAAGUUGCAGAAAACUUGUCUAAAAGGUCCCAAAAUUGACUUUGUGAAGCUAUUAUUCGAGAUUGCUAACGAGAAUCAGUUUGAAGUUACAUACGUUGAUAUUGAAGAGAAGACUUUCACUGAUCAAUCUCAGUGUUUGGUUCAGCUGUCAACAUUGCCGAUUGGAGUUUGCCAUGGCUCUGGACCAACAGCAGUUGAUGCUCAAAAGCAGGCUGCUCAAAAUGCAUUAGAAUAUUUAAAAAUUAUGACAAAAAAAUAAAUUGGAUUAAAUAUUUAACGCUUAGCAAAGCGGUGGAAGGCACUUAAUACAUAAAGGAUAACAACAAUGAAUAAUAUCGGUAUUGAAGCUCAGUGAAUUAACAGACAAAUCUAUAAGAUAUCAAUGCUGAAAGCAUUAUAUAUAAAAAAUGAAGUGAACUAUUAGUUUUGAAUAAGUUUUUCUUAAAUCUUCUUAUUUGUGCUACGAUUAUUUUUAUAGUCUUUACUGUGUUUUAAUUACAACAAAUUUUUUUAAAAUUAUAAAUUAGAAGAAAAUUAAAAAUUUAACACCUUUUUGGUUAAGGAAUUAUUUGGGUUGAAACCACACAUUUAUGUAUUACCAAAAUUGAUAAGUGUAUGAAAGGUUUUAUUUAAAAUAUUAUAUUUGAUUUUUGUUUUUUUUUUUUUUUUUUGAUAAAUGAAGUGUGAUGUAAGAGUUGCAUGAAUAAAUAAUAAAAUGUAAUACAACGGAUACGAAAGUUGCUAUUUAAACGGUUUAGUAAUUAAUAUCUUUGGAUAUGAUAACACAAAUAUGUAUUUCCUGCAUAUAAAUAUAAAAACACUUUUUUAAAUAUACAUAUUAUUGAAUGAACUAACACAGUUUGUAAUGAAUUAAAUGCAUAGUUAAGGGUGUUUGAAAUAUUUUGUUCGAUCAUAGCUACGGAAAUAAUUCUUGCAUACAUACUUUCAUAUGUAAACCAUGCGCAUAAAAAUGAAAUCAACAGUAAUGUAAAUGAGUUAUAGAAACCGAAUAAAUAACCAUUUGAAAGAAUUAUAUGUAAA